AUUUCCCAGCCGCGGAUAUACCCACUGAGAGGACAACUAUCAUUUACCGAGAGAGAGAGCGGGGAGAGAGAGAGAGAGAAAAUGCAGAUAUUCGUGAAAACCCUAACUGGUAAGACCAUCACGCUUGAGGUCGAAUCAAGUGACACCAUCGACAAUGUGAAGUCUAAAAUCCAGGACAAGGAAGGGAUUCCGCCGGAUCAGCAACGAUUGAUCUUCGCCGGAAAACAACUUGAAGAUGGACGAACACUUGCUGACUACAAUAUCCAGAAAGAAUCAACACUCCACCUGGUGCUGAGGCUUCGUGGUGGGAUUAUUGAGCCUUCAUUAAUGGCUUUAGCAAGAAAGUAUAACCAGGACAAGAUGAUCUGCCGCAAGUGUUAUGCUCGUUUGCAUCCUCGUGCUGUCAACUGCCGAAAGAAGAAGUGUGGACACAGCAACCAGUUGAGGCCAAAGAAGAAGAUCAAGUAGAUGUGAUUAUGAAGACAUGGCAAAGCGCCUGGUGGUGGGUUUCAAGAGUCUAAAAACUCAAACUAGAAUUUAAUUUGGGACUUUGCUUCGGAUAUGUUGUUUUAUCACUAUAUUCCAUCUGAAAUAAUUUUUUGCUUUUCAAUCUUGAAAUUCUGUCGUAAAACAUUUUGUUGCUUUGUCUUUUCAUUAGAUUUUUUUUAUGGAAUUCUUAAAUUUACCAAUGAAUUCAUUGCUUAUUUCAAACA